AAUUCGGUCCAUGAUAUGAUUGCUGCAUUGAACAAACCUGAUUUUGGACAGUUUCCUAUUGCAAGCAAAUCGCCAGCCUGUGGACAAUGUCUUCAAGUGGCAGGUCCCAAUGGCACGGUGCAAGUCCAGAUCGUUGACAUGUGUCCAGGGUGCAAGUCCGGGUCCGUUGACCUCUCGCCUGGCGCAUUCGCAAAAAUAGCAGAUUUGGAUGCAGGACGUGUACGCAUUCGCUGGCAACGAUGCCCAUAG